AUGCAGAACGAACAGUUAAACGAAUUUACUCCAGCAGAGCAUAUUCAUCAGAUUCGCUCAUAUUUCGAUAUCAUAGACAAUGCAGUUCAAAUUGGUGACACUAAUAGAAAAUAUUCUGACGCAAAGAUUCCAUCACAACCUGGAACUGCUAAAGAUAACACAUGGGUAACAUUCAAUCUCUCACCUCCUGGUGAAAAUAUGUUGGACCUUUACAAUACAUUCAUUACGUAUAAAAUGGAAGGUCAAUUUAUUGUAGAUAAAGAAAUUGGUUCAGGUUCCAAUAAAACAAACCCACCAGGAUUUUGGAUUGGUUUCGAUGACGCUUUCUAUGCAGUUGCUGGAUAUCAAAUCCUUGCAAAUGGUCGUAUCGUAUAUUCUCAAGACAACGCAAGAGAAGAAGCAUAUAUAACUUCAAACUCACAAACUACCGAACAAAUAAAGAAAGUAGAUGUUUUCUCAAAGACUCGACAUGAAGAUGUAUGGAGUCAUUCGGGAACAUGCAGAACAGGACAAAUUGUUAGUGGUCCAAUUACAGCAGGAAAAUCAUUUGAUUUUAAGCUUCGUUUAAGAAUUCCUGUUAGAAGAUUCCUUCCAUUAGAAGCUAUUCGAUUUAUUCCAGCUUUUGCAGGAAACAUUCAGCUUAAAGUAAAGUUCAGUAGCGACGCCUUACAAUGCACAUCUAUAUCUGUAAAUGAUAUCAUUGCUUUCAAUCCAACUCUUAAAGUUGCAUUUGCUUCAGAUUCAAAUCCACCGACAAAUAAAUUUUGUUCCAUGGAAUGA